AUGCAUCACCAUGCAAGUGAAUUAGAAAAGGGGCAACGACAGGGACGCUUGCCGGAGACGACAGGGACGCUAGCGACGGAGACGACAGGGUUCGACGGCGACGACUGGCUUCGACGGAAACAAAGCAACGUGCCCCUUUCUGCUGCUGUCGCCUGUCGUCGUGCACUCGUGCCCCUGGGUGGAUGCGUGGAGGUUGACUUCGAUGAACGGAGGAGGAGGGAUCGGAAGACGGCGGUCGUGGACGGUGCAGCCGUGCAGCAGUCACUCAGACGCAGGGGAUGCAAUCGAUUAGAUAGAGUAGAGAUCGUUCGUCGUAGCUCGUAG